AUGGGUGUCUGGAAUUUGCAAAUAUUCGAUGAGGUAAGGCGGAUGAACGUUAGGCAACUAUUGUAUCAGGGCCUGAACUUCGCUAUGAUUGUUUCCUCAGCGUUGAUGAUUUGGAAGGGUUUAAUGGUUAUUACUGGUUCUGAAAGUCCAAUCGUGGUUGUGUUGUCUGGUUCCAUGGAGCCUGCUUUCUACAGAGGUGAUUUAUUGCUGCUAACAAACGAUGAUUCGGACCCGAUCAGAGCUGGUGAUAUUACGGUAUUUAAAGUGGAGGGGCGUGAUAUUCCAAUUGUACAUCGAGUUAUUAAGGUACAUGAGAGAAACAACGAAGAAACAAAAUUUUUAACGAAAGGUGAUAAUAAUCAGGUCGACGAUCGAGGUUUAUAUGCGUCGGGACAGUUUUGGCUGACACGAAGAGAUGUUGUUGGUAGAGCAAAGGGAUUCGUACCUUAUGUUGGGAUGGUCACAAUACUAAUGAAUGAUUAUCCCAAAUUGAAAUAUGCGGUUUUGAUUGCUCUUGGUGCUUUCGUUAUUCUGCAUAGAGAGGGAUAG